AUGGCCAAAAAGAAGUCCAAAAACGCGAAUAACAAUGAUAACAACAAGAAUAGCAACAACACAACACCCGUAUCGAACACUGAAAUUGAGAAAUUAUCAUCUCAUUCCGAAUCUACUAUCAACGCAUUAAUGAACGACAAUAAUGACUCUCUCAUGACAUCAUCUACUGCAAAUAGCAGCAACACCAAUCCGAAAGUAAAAAAAGCAAACUCUCAAAAGAAACAACAUACUUCAAAGCCUUCUUCAAAAAAACAACCCUCAUCCUCUCAACAACCAUCCACCACUACUGACCCUUCUUUAUUGAAAAAUAUUCCUCCAUUCUUCCAUGCGUUCGAAUUAUUAACUCAUUUAGAGCCUUCUAAAUUACAAAAUGCAUUUCAAAUAUUUAUUGAUGAUACUGAGAGAUUAGUUUUGUUGGCAAAUAGUUCUCAACGAAAAACGAGUACUCAAAAAAUUAUCAUCAUUGGAAAUCAACCUUAUUCCAUUCCUCAUCCAAUUUUUGUUGAUAAGCACACCACAAGUGAUUUUACUACGAAUAAUUUUUAUAGACAAUCACGAUAUAUUUAUGAUAGUUUGAAUCAUGAAUUGAAGUUUUCAUCUUUGAAAGGAGAUUCAGAUUCUAAAAGUUAUAUCUACCAAUUAUAUUAUAAUGACCAAUUCUUUGUUAUACUUUCCAACAUCUUUACAUAUGUGUUUGACGAAUUGCCAAAGAAAGGCUAUGAAUAUGGUGAAAAAGUUUCUCUUUUAUUACAAGUCAAAUUGUUUCAGGUACUCAUGUACAUCAUGAGAUAUAUACUUCCUCAAAAUCAAGACAACAAUGAAAAGGCUUCCAUCAUGCUCAGAGCGAAUCAAUUCAUCAAUCUUGUAUUGCCAUAUCUUUACAAAUAUUAUUCUUAUAUGGCAAAUCGACAAGAGGACAAAAUACUUCGAAGAAAAAGACAAGACAAAAUGCUCUCAAGAAGACGAAGAUAUACAAAGGAAGAGGAUGAACAAGAUCCGAACUCAUAUCGUGCUGAUGAAUUACUAGACAAUGAGGCUAUUUGGGAAUAUCACUUAUACGUCUUAUUUAGCACAAUUUAUCACGCAACAUUUUUCAGACCUGAAUGGGUUUGUGGAAGCUUGCUUAGAGGUCGAGUAUCCAAUUUUAAUACUAAGGUUGAGGAUGUGGAUCAUCGAAACUACAAGGCCAAUACUGAAAUGUCGAGUCUCAGUUUUAAAAAUAUUUUCUUUGGGUUAAUGAGGUCAGCUGUUGAAACCAAACAUGCUCCUCUCAGAAGUAGACAUACACUUUUAAUAGUGCAUCAUUUACUCUUUAGAUUGUUGAAAACUUGCCAUUCGUAUCUUUCUGUUAAACUUCCAAUUGAUUGCAAGUUCUGUUUCGAUCAUGCUCAGGACAUGAUGCUGUUAGAACCAUUACUUGCUGCUCUAGAAUUUACAAUGAACAAAAUUCCAAAACACAGAUCUCAAGUAAUUCGAUCUGAAAUUAAUCAAAUGUUCAAAUACUAUGUUCAGUACCACAAUGAACAUCCUAAUGAGUCAACAUUUUACAUUGAUGCAUUAGAGCGAUUUAUAUUCAAUUUCAUUAAGAAUGGUAGUAGCAACUUGGCUUCACUGAUUCCUAUUUCUGGGGAUGUCCACAGUAUUGAUGCUUUCAAUGUACUUUCUCAAGCACUCUCUUCACCCUAUCAAUUCAAUACCGAUGUGGUUUGGACCAGUUUGCAAACACUUUCAAUUCCAGAUCAAGAGAGAUAUGGAAAAAUGGUAUUGAGCAUCUUAAAGCAGCAUCCGUAUAUGGCAGAGUUAUAUUUCAACACAAUUUUGGGAAACACUCAUGACAAGACAGCCAACCUUACAGCCAUUAGCUAUCGUAACUUUAUGUUCCUCAAGUUUAACUCUAAUAUUUGCGUGGAGUUUUUAAACGCAGUUACACCUCAAAUAACCAUUGACCAUGUAAGACAACCUGAUAAGAGUAUACCACUUCUCGUUUCUUCAAUUCUACUCGAACAAUCUCUACUAUUUUCUAAGGAAAAGCUUGAUUACAUGUUCCACGAGCAAAAAGAAUGCUCCACGAUGAAUUUAAUUGUGAUACAAAAAAUUCUUCAUGUUUUUGUGAAUGUUUUCAAGAAAUUUGAAAGAAUGUUAUCUCAGUUAAGCGAGCUUCGAAAGAAACAAUUGUUGAUAGUUUCUGAGACUGAUGCAAGCGCUCUCACUGUUGAAUUGAUCAAUCAAUAUGAGAAGGAUAUUGUCAUGGAGUUUAGAAAACGUUUUCCAAUUCCACCUUCUUUAUUUAUUAAGGAUAUAUGUGUGGAUAGAAUUAUUAACAGCAACAGCACUCAUCCCAGCCAGCUGUUAAUGGAGAUUACUAUUCAAAUGUUCAAAUUCUAUUUCAAAUAUUAUCCUGAUCAGACUGGAAAAGUAAUAUUGGCGUUUUGA